AGAACCGGGUUUGCCGGGGCGUCAUAGUAUUUUUACCAACAGCAGGACAUCAAAGGCCAGGCCAGGCUAGGUACGUACGGUACCUAGCGACUUGAGCUCCAGCGCUGCUCAUACCUAAAACAAUUUCUUCCCGUCGUCUACUUGUUCUUCCCGUGUCCCUCCCAACUACCUAUCCACCUUAUCCAUCCGUCAAUUCAGUCCAAUUCCUCUCCUCAGUCUUCACGGGGAACCCUUUGUUGACUUACUCCGCCGUUCCUUCGUGUCGCGAUCAAGCUCGUCGAGGGAUGCUUCCCAUUCAUAUCCUCUAGUUCCUUUUUACCUACCUAUACCUGUUCUGUUUCCCCACAUACACAAACACAAACGCUCAUCAUGUUGAGGAAUUCGCUCUGUAGAGCUAGCUCGCAGCUCCUUCGCGGUGCUCGAUGCUCUGCUGCCUCGUCUACCGCCUCUAUCUCGACCCUCUCGGCCCGUACAUCAUCAUGGAAGCUCGCCGCCUCCCGCCGCCCUCUGGCCGUUGCUGCUCGUCGCAACUAUGCGACCAGCGCGACUUCUGCGCCUCCCGAUCCUAACGAUAACUUCCUCUCCGGAAGCACCGCUAGCUACAUCGAUGAGAUGUACAUGCAGUGGAGGCAAGAUCCUGAGAGCGUCCAUGUCUCUUGGCAGAUCUACUUCAAGAACAUGGAGAGCGGCGAGAUGCCCAUCUCUCAAGCUUUCCAGCCUCCUCCUAACCUGGUCCCUAACAUGACCGGUGGCGUCCCUCGCCUUGCUGGCAACCUGGCCAUGGAGGAUGGCUCAGAUGUCACCAACCAUCUCAAGGUUCAGCUUCUUGUCCGCGCUUACCAGUCUCGCGGUCAUCAUACCGCCAAGAUUGAUCCCCUCGGUAUCCGAGGUACAAACGAUGCCAAGGGCUUCUCCAACAUCAAGCCCAAGGAAUUGACUCUUGAGCACUAUGGUUUCACCGAGAAGGACAUGGACACCGAGUACACCCUCGGCCCUGGUAUCCUGCCUCGCUUCAAGCGUGAUGGUCGUGAGAAGAUGACUCUCCGUGAGAUUGUCGAUGCUUGCGAGAGAAUCUACUGCGGUUCUUUCGGUGUUGAGUUUAUUCAUAUCCCUGACCGUGACAAGUGCGACUGGCUCCGUGAACGUCUUGAGGUCCCUACUCCUUUCAAGUACUCUGUCGAUGAGAAGCGCCGUGUUCUUGACCGACUUAUCUGGAGUUCCAGCUUCGAGUCUUUCCUGGCCACUAAGUACCCCAACGACAAGCGAUUCGGUCUCGAGGGUUGUGAGACCCUUGUCCCUGGUAUGAAGGCUCUCAUUGACCGCAGUGUCGACUAUGGUGUCAAGGACAUUGUCAUCGGUAUGCCUCACCGUGGUCGUCUCAAUGUUCUCUCCAACGUCGUCCGAAAGCCCAACGAGUCUAUUUUCAGCGAGUUCGCUGGUACAAACGGUGCCGAGGAUGAGGGAUCUGGUGACGUCAAGUACCAUCUUGGUAUGAACUUCGAGCGUCCCACUCCCUCCGGCAAGCGUGUUCAGCUUUCUCUGGUCGCCAACCCUUCGCAUCUCGAGGCUGAGGAUCCCGUCGUCUUGGGCAAGACCCGCGCUAUCCAGCACUACAACAACGAUGAGAAGACUCACCGCACCGCCAUGAGUGUUCUCCUUCACGGUGAUGCCGCCUUUGCUGCCCAGGGUAUCGUCUACGAGUGUCUCGGCUUCCACUCUCUCCCCGCCUUUUCUACCGGUGGUACCAUUCACCUCGUCGUCAACAACCAGAUUGGUUUCACCACCGAUCCUCGAUUCGCCCGAUCUACCGCCUACUGUACCGAUAUUGCCAAGGCCAUCGACGCUCCUGUUUUCCACGUUAAUGCUGAUGAUGUCGAGGCUGUCAACUUUGUCUGCCAGCUUGCUGCCGAUUGGCGCGCCGAGUUCCAGCACGAUGUUGUCAUUGACCUCAACUGCUACCGAAAGUACGGCCACAACGAGACCGACCAGCCUUCCUUCACCCAACCGCUCAUGUACAAGCGCAUUACUGAGAAGGAGCCUCAAAUCGACAUCUACGUCAACAAGCUCAUCGAGGAGGGUUCUUUCUCCAAGGCGGAUGUCGAUGAGCACAAGCAGUGGGUCUGGGGCAUGCUCGAGGAGAGCUUCACCAAGUCCAAGGACUACACUCCUACCUCCAAGGAGUGGACCACCUCUGCUUGGAACGGUUUCAAGUCUCCCAAGGAACUGGCCACCGAAGUUUUGGCUACUAACGAGACAAGUGUCAAGAGCACCACUCUCGAGCAUAUCGGUACCGUUAUUGGAAGCACUCCCGAGGGCUUCCAUGUUCACCGCAACUUGAAGCGUAUUCUCGCCAACCGAACCAAGUCUGUUGUCGAGGGCAAGAACAUCGACUUCCCUACUGCCGAGGCUCUGGCCUUUGGUUCUCUCGUUACUGAGGGUUACCACGUCCGUGUCUCCGGUCAGGAUGUCGAGCGUGGCACCUUCUCUCAGCGACACGCUGUCUUCCACGACCAGGAGACCGAGGAUACCUACACUCCCCUUCAGCACCUGAGCCAGGAUCAGGGCAAGUUCGUCAUCUCUAACUCUUCCCUAAGUGAGUUUGGUGCUCUGGGCUUUGAGUAUGGUUACUCGCUGUCCUCACCCCACGCCCUUGUCAUGUGGGAGGCCCAGUUCGGUGACUUUGCCAACAACGCUCAAUGUAUCAUCGACCAGUUUAUCGCUUCUGGUGAGGUCAAGUGGAUGCAGCGAACCGGUCUUGUCAUGUCUCUGCCCCACGGUUACGAUGGUCAGGGUCCCGAGCACUCUUCUGGACGUCUCGAGCGAUACCUUCAGCUCAGCAACGAGGAUCCCCGUGAUUUCCCCACUGGUGAGAAGCUUGUCCGUCAACACCAGGACUGCAACAUGCAGAUCGCCUACAUGACCUCUCCUGCCAACUUGUUCCAUAUUCUCCGCCGCCAGAUGCACCGCCAGUACCGCAAGCCCCUCGUUAUCUUCUUCUCCAAAUCUCUUCUCCGUCACCCUCUGGCUCGUAGCAACAUUGAGGAGUUCACUGGCGAGAACGCUGGCUUCCAGUGGAUUAUCCCUGAUCCCGAGCAUGAGACUGGUGCUAUCAAGGCUCCUGAGGAGAUUGAGCGCGUUAUUCUCUGCAGCGGUCAGGUUUGGGCUGCCCUUCACAAGCACCGAUCUGAGAACAACUUGGACAAUGUCGCCAUCACUCGCAUUGAGCAGCUUAACCCCUUCCCUUGGCAACAACUCAAGGAGAACCUUGACCAAUACCCCAACGCCAAGACCAUCGUCUGGUGCCAGGAGGAGCCUCUCAACGCCGGUGCCUGGAGCUUCACUCAGCCCCGUAUCGAGACUCUGCUCAACAACACUGAGCACCACACCCGCAAGCACGUCAUGUACGCUGGCCGAAACCCUAGUGCUUCCGUCGCCACUGGUCUCAAGCAGGUUCACAUGAAGGAGGAGCGCGAACUCCUAGAGAUGGCUUUCACUGUUAAACAGGACAAGCUCAAGGGCGAGUAAGCGGAUGAAAACUGAAGGAACAGGUUUAAUGGGGGAUUACAAUAUGGAUAGUAUGGUAUGGUAAUUGCAUGGCCACUAAUCGUUUGGGAGGGAAGAAGUUUAUAAAAGCCGCUGGAUCUGGGGAGCAACUGAGCUUCUUAUGUAAACCACUUGUAUCAUACCCUCCUAGACGAAGGACACUUUUGCCCUACAUUGGCAUGGGCUUGGGAACGACAUAGCAUGAUUUCUUUUUAUUGUUUAAGUGUUCAGAGCACCUGACGGGUCGUUUCAUUUUCUACAUCUGGCAUUGCGUAGACGAUACAUCUAUCUAACCUAUUGAUAUUCA